AUGCCUGGAGGCAGUGAAGACGGACGAGCUUCCGUUCGCUUCUCAGGAGUUACAGAAUCGUCUCCAAAGCCUCAAGGUCCUGUGAUACCUCCUGUCAUUCUCGACACCAGGAGAACCCCUCCGCGUGAUGAAACGACUGCCCCCUAUAUCACCAUCACCGACGCAUCAUCAUCCACCCAGCAUCAGAUACCCGCACGCCAAUCUGGACGCAACAGUCGCCUCGUGAGAAACUCUGCUCUCGCACCUUCGUCGACACAACCACCUCGCAUCUUCACGCCCGCUCGAGAAAUCUAUGUUUCCGAAUCAUCAUCGCCCAGCACCGCAUCAGAGGCCUCCGACGUCGAUAUGGUCGACCCAGAACCCGAAGAUGCCGAUGCUGUUGCUGCCACUGCCACCGGCAACGACGCGGAGACCUCUGAAUACCUCCGCAGCCAACCCUACGACAGCCGGUGGCUCAUCAACUGGUUCAAGCAAGACCCCGCCACAACGGAAGAGGACCUGCGCAUGAUCGACUACAAGGGCUGGCGCGUCUCCGCGCCCAAAGUCCAGCUCGCCCGCAUCAAAAAUUUUCUUGCGGACGAGGACAUUGACCGCACUCCCGACUGGGAGCGCAAUUUUGCCGAGAUUUACGAGUUCCUGGAGCACUGCAUCCGCAUGGACGGCGUCACCAAAAAGGACUGGUACGUCGACGUCCGCGAGGCGAUUGCCAUGCUGCGCACCCACGCGCUGUUCGAAGAGCACCACUACGGCAAAAAGAAGCUCGUGGUCGAUUUUCCUAAAAUCAGCACCGUCAGCACGCGACUGCCGCCCUUACUCGACGGGCGCGACAUCGUCGUCGAGAAGAGGGCCAGGGAUCCCGUGCGGCCUCGUUACCUCUUGCACCGCGUGCCCGAGUCCAUCCAGGACGUCGACUACCAGAUCCCCGGACCGCUUCUGCGGAUGGCCUUUCUCAAGUGGUUCCGCGAGGACGGGAACCUCGUGUGGUCCACGGACCCGAACAGCGACGAGACGCUCGGCUCGGGAGAGCGCGGAAAGAGAUUCGGGUACGAGCCAGACUUCAACAUGGCGCUCACGGAAGACGAGUGGUUCAACAAGUGCAUGACGGGUGGGCCCGAGACGACGUCGGCCGAGCUCCACGGCGAGGCCAACUUUUACCUCCUCAUGGACGAGUACGUCGGCGGCGAGGUCAACACGUACGAACACGAGGGUAAGACGCGCAAGUUGCAGAAAUUCUACCCCGAGGGCGAGACGCAGCAGCGCUUCGCCCGUUUUCGAGGCGCGAAGCGCGCGGCGCUGCAACAGUGUCUCUCGCAUUUCAACAGCGAGGAGAAUGUCGCGCUCGGGAGUCCCUUUCGGAAACUGGUGCUGCCGCUGACCAAGAGAGAGAAGGCGUCUGCGCUGGCUGAUGCGAAGCGGGAUAUCAUGUACAAGCCUCACUCGGUCAAGGCGCCGCCGCCGGGGACGAAGCUUGACCCGCUUGGUAUCACGUACUGGCAUAAUCAGAUGCAGGCUGCCCAUCGCGAGCGCGCGUAUACAUUGUGGAAGAAGACGGUGCGUACCCACGAGAAGAUGCUGGAGGAUAUGGGGAUCGACAAGGACUCGGUGAGGCUCCCCGAGCAGUUGUACGGCCCCGUGACGCCCUGGAACUUUAUGAGGAAGAGCGAGAGGAGGGUGCUCAUUGACUUUCAUCACCUGCGCACCCUCCGCGAGAAGCUCACGAGUGCGUACAAGAAAGAUCCGCGGGAGAUGCUCGAGGGUGUGAUCAAGAACAUCGAGUACGGGCUCCAGGGGGCGCCCUCGUGGGACAUGGAGGAGGUUCUGGCCGUCCACCGGGAGAAGAACGGCGGACACUGCCGCCCCCUCAAACGUUGGGAGGUGGAUUGGCUAAAGUUUGUCUGCGGGCCCUCCACAACGGUUGUGGCCCAGCAGUCGGUGCUCCCGAAGCUGGGGCGCGAUUUUGACGUGUUUGUCGCGCGGAUGCAGACGUUGCUGGACGAGCCGAGCCAGGAGUGUCUCUUUGCGGCGCAGGAUCGCAAGAAGACGCUGCAGCAGGUUGCCGGGGCUCUCAACGCCGGAAUUCGAACGGGCGACUAUUUCUUCACAGAUGAUUUGGUGAAUAAGUAUAGUAAGGUGCUGGCCGAAUAUGGAAGACUCACCUACGAACGCUCAGAAACUGGCGAGGUCUCAAUCAGCCGACCCAAAAACGACUGGCACCCAGAACACCGCAUGAACUGGGAAAUAGGCACCGACUGGGCCCGAGAAACGGACUACAACAAGACCUUGUACCACCGCCUCAACGUUCCAAACCCAUUCGUCACGUGGGAAUGGCCCUCGGCUUUCGCAAAGGUGGACGAGAUCAACCUGACGCGCACGCUGACAAAGGAGCUCCUCUGGACCCUCGGCUACCGCCUCGGCGUCGAGCUCGCUAGGUGUGCCGUGAACCUCCCAAUCAUAAAUCAGCGCCUCAACCACGGCAACGACUGGGAGUACCGCAAGACGCAGCUGCAGGAUAUCCUGGGCAUGUGGGGCAGCAGCUUCUCGCGAGACCGGCCCGGCGAGGAGGACACGGUCACGCCGCGGGUGUCGUACAAGAGCGUCGUAAAGGCAGGCGAGCCGCAGACGUGGACGGAGGAGAUGACAGAGGACGAAGCGCGCGAGGUCGUGCGCAAAGGCAUCAUAGACGAGCUCUCGCGCGGCCACGGGACGCUAUGGCCGAGUAGGCCGCGGUGGUUUCUCCGGCGCAAGGAUAACAAGCGCUUCAUGACGCUGCACCGCGAGCGGAUCUGGGACUGGGCGUCUCCGGGGGUGUGCGGGAAGAAGAAGCGGCAGUUCUUUUCGAUGAACCGGUGGCCGGUGCACCUGCAGAGCAGAGAGCGGCAGGAAGAGAUCAGGCGGAGCGUGACGGACGAAGGGGUGCGGAAGCAGGCCGAGGCCGAUAGGCUGCGGACGAAGAUGGCGAGGCUCGCGGAGAGCGUGAGGCCCACUGCGGACGAGAUUCGGCAGGCGCAGAUGGCGCAGAUGCUUUCUGUGCCGUAUCACGUUGGCGACGACCGGAGGACUGAGUUUUUCCCUGGUGUGACGGAGUACUGGGGCGGCGAUACCGAGUCGCAGAGGCGGGAUCUUGAGAGGCGUGUGGAGGCGAUGAUCAAUGAAGAGCUAUUCCCCAACGACGGCAUUGCGCCUCGUGGAACGGGAUGGGUCAGUCGUGAGACAGUUCAGACGCCCAGCACUGAAACCCCUGAAGUGAUAGAAAUUGAUCCGGACUUGGUGCCGAGAAGCGUUCCGGCGCGGGCCCCCUCGGGGCGAAGGACGUCGGCAGCGGGUGGGGCGAGUGCGGAGGAACUUCUGCCGGCGCCGGUGACGGGCCGGCAGUCGCUGUUCCCGCCACAGCAUCCACCGCGGCGGAGACGAGUGCGAUUCAACGUCGCGGCUCAGGAGGAUAGCGAUACUGAGAAGCAGGCUUCGUUGGUUGUUGGUUGGGUGUAG